AUGCUGAGCCUGAGCAGCCCAGGACAGAACGAGGAAUGCAUGUCCAGUGGCGAACAAUAUACCGACCAGGAGCAGACUGGACGCCGACAACCCUGCUGCUCCAUCACCUGGCCUGACGGAUCUGUUGGAACCGGAGAGCGUACACCGCCGACGGACACGGUCAGCGAGACCGGCACACCCGCCAGCAGUUCCGUCGAGGUGCCCGCCCCAGACGACCCGCUAGCCCAUCCAUGGCCGGAGUCCCCGCGUUCCUCAACGCCGGCAGCAGCGCCCUGUCCUCCCACCAGUGGGGAGACCCAGCCCCGUCGACGACGAACAUGGAACAUCAAGACCGAGCCCGACGGCGUGCCGCUGGAGAUGCCCACGGAGGAAGACUUUGCGCGUCCCGGCGGCCAGAGUCUGGACCGACGUCUCUUCAACCGGGCACGCCAUAAGACGAUAAACCUGUUCUUGAUCCGCGAGAGCCCAGAGCCCGUGACGGCUCCGCCGCCAAAGGUCCCGGACCGGCUAGACUGGUACCGGUACCCUGCCAAGCGGCCGCGGUGGUGGGAGCCGUCGUCCGAGCAGGCCGGGGAGUCGAACGAGGAGCGCCACGUCAAGAGGCGCCGCGAGGCCGUGGACCUGAGCAAGCUGCCCGUGGAGCUGAGAAUGCUCAUCUUUCGCGAGCUGCUCGCAUCAUCCACCGGGCCCAUCCUACCUCCGCGGCCGGCGGAGGAGGCUGUGCCGGCACAGCGGGCAGACGCCCUCCCGAACCUCCACGUCGCCCUCCUGCCACCGUCGACGUCGACGCCCUCACGGCGGGGGGACCAGAGCGACGCCGACAACGACUAUGCCCAGGGUGGCGGCCGUAAUACUAUCCCCGCUACUGCCACGCGGCAGCGGCCAUCGACGGGCGGCGAACCCAACAUCGUACGGGAGCGCAACACGAGUCGCGUGGAAGAGUACGCCCCGCUGAUAAGGCACGCCAUCGUCGACGCCGACUUCAUCCGCGUAGACGACUGCUCCAUGCAGACAAUGGCCGACGUCAUAACCAGCUUCAUCCCCCGGACCACACCCUUAAAGGAAGUGGACGCUCUCCUCGUGGACCCGCAGAGGCGCGGGAGGACCAGCGACGCCAACAGGCGGAUCGGGCCCGAGCUGUACACCCUGGACGAGGACGAAGAUCAAGAAGAUGGCCAGGUGCAGAAUAACACCUUCGGGUGCACCUUUGAAACAUUCUUCGGGAAGGACCAGUGCCCUGUCCUCGAUGUCGUGCGCCACCUGCUCUCACAGUUCCUCUUCAUCCAGAUCACGCCGCAGCAGAUCGGCGGCCACGACGGGACCACCGAGAUCCCGGUCAUUAACCCCACACUGGAUGAACCCUGGCACCUUGACCUCAGGCCUUGGAGACUGUGCGUGCGUCGUGACGGCAGGCAGGAGCUGAGACACGGUGGGGGCGAGGAGCACAAUGCUUUCUGGCGGGACGACAAGAUCAUGGCCAAGGGGCGCAUCGUGCGCGCGGUCGUGUGUCGGGAGGAAUUCAGGCGUCUGCAGGACGAGGUUCAGAAGUGUUGUCGUCGGUACGUGGAUGCCUUGAACAGGACGUAG